AUGGUAGGCAGUUUGAUAUACGCGGCGAUAGCUACUCGUCCAGACAUAGCCUACGCAGUGGCAGCAUUGGCUAAAUUCAACUCAUCACCGACCGAGGCACAUCUAACAGCGGUCAAGCGCGUUUUUCGGUAUUUGAAAGGAACUGCUCAGCUACGCCUGCAGUACCAAGAAACCGAUGCUAAUGUAGAGGGAUACUCUGACGCAGAUUGGGCUUCUGACUCAGAUGAUCGACGAUCACUAUCCAAAGGACAAUUUGAGUAUCUGCGAUGUACGUUGGGACUGAUACAAGGACAUAUUGAGUGA